UAAAGUUUCAGGAAGUUUAGCGAUAAGAAAAUCUCUUUGAGCUGGAAGGAAAUCCCACCAGAACACAUAAAGAGAAAUGAUGUUUUAUUACGCUUCUUUCACCGAGGGUUCUCUCUGAGCUGAAGUGAAAGGGGCCUGUACAAAUGGAGUUCAGAGUUACUUGAAGUCACUCCAGAGGCCAUUGGGUUUUUGUCUGCAGUUGGAGUCUUUGUUAUCUUGUUGGUAGUUCUAUUCCUCUUCAUCAACAAGAAAUUAUGCUUUGAGAAAAUUGGUGGCCUCCCAUGCCUUGAACUGAAGCGAGAAAAGAAGCGGGCGCGGGAUAAAGCCGGAAUCCACAAGGGCCUCGCGCACAAGAAAGUAGCUGUUGACACACUCACACGUCGGGACUGCUGGUGAUCAAGCAGCGUGAUUUUCCCUGGAGAUCAAGGAGCGUGCAUUUCAUUAACCAUGGAUUCUGAAGAAAUUUCAAAGGAGAAUCCUGCCUUACCAUCCUUUUCUGCUUGGAUGUCUCAGAUGUCUGAGUCAUUCCAGCAAGCUGGGAACUCCAUAUCCAAUGCACUUCUAAAUCUUCGACAAGGUGCACCCAAUCAAACAUGGAACUCAGGUGUGCCAGGCUCCACAAGAAAAGCAGAGCAAGAGCCUCAGACAGUUCAUGUAACAGAUUCAGUCUUAACUGCUGAUGGUGUUGACACAAAGUAUACAGCUGGUGAUUUACGAGCAGCAGUCACUGAUGAAUUGGAAGCUUCGGAGUACCAGGGUGCUGAGGCAGAGAUGCAUUUUGCUGAUGUCGAGACAAUUCACAGACAGCCUGAUGCCCAUGUUGUGCAAGGUGAGGAUCUGGAACAAGACUCCUCAUGUUUGUGGAACGGAAUAGAUUCACCUGUUGGAAAUGACAAUGCUUGUAGUGAAAUUGAUGGUAAUGGCCAUGAACCUCCAGAUUGCCUGGCUGCCAUUCCAGAAGAAACAAGGAUUGAAACCAAUCACAUCUAUGUCAAUGUUAAAUGUAAACAAGGUUGUGAGGAGCUGGAAAUUGAUCCAGAAUGUGAAGCAGUGAACAGUUAUGGGGAUGAUGAGGAGUUGACCACAUCUACAGACAGCGAUGAGGAAGUGAUCAAACAGUUUGAAUUCUCAGUAUCGAGAUCCCAGAGUUUCCGGUCUACAAUAUCAGAGAAAGUGACACAGGCGGGUUUAGAGCGUAGGCAGAAAUUUAAUCGUUUACCUUCGAAUCACGAAGAAUUCAGCACUGAGGCCUCUGAAGUUGAAGACACAGAUAGACAGCAACAGUUUAGCUUUCAAGAUAACCACUCUUAUGAAGAAGACGAGUUGUCUAUGAGCUCAGCCAUGGGAUUUGAGGAUGGAGCUGACCGUCAAAGGAUCUCUGAUGAAGCAGCUGGGACUCCAGCCAAUAAUCACGGGAUGCAGCAAACAGAGGAGGGAAAUCCAGAUCAAGGGACCAACUUUGAUAAUCAAGGCUAUGAAGGAAAUGACAAGACUGACAGUUCCUCAGCCUGGAGUCCAGAGGAUGCAGAUGCCAGCCUUGCAGCCCCUCAGCAGCAGGAGCUACCUGGACCAAUUUCAAAAUGCGGAGACCUCUACGUCAUAUUCAAUUACAAACCCUCCGACCACAAACUGGAAGUUACAAUAAUCACUGCUAAAGACAUCCCAGAUAAGGACAGGAGUGGCGCUAGUGCAUGGCAGGUACAUGCAGUCCUCCUCCCUAGCAGGAAGCAACGCUCCAAAACCAGCAUCCAGCGAGGACCCACGCCUGUCUUCAAUGAGACCUUCAGGUUUCACAAGUUGGUGACCGAGGAGCUCCACUGUUCUGCUCUCCGGUUCCGCCUGUACGCAGUGAGGAAGAUGAACCGGGUGAGAAUGAUGGGGGAGAAAUUGUUUUACCUCAAGAAUCUAAAUCAAGAAGGGGAAAUGGAAGUGUCCUUACUCCUGGAGCCAAGGAGUAACAUAACUAGUGGAGGUUCACAGAUCAGCCUGUCUGGCGUCUCUCACAGUGACAGUGCUUCAUCCACGCAAUCGCUCUCACACGGUGGAGUCCCAGAACUGCUUGUUGGAUUGUCAUACAAUGCCACAACGGGAAGGCUUUCUGUUGAAAUAAUUAAAGGUAGUCACUUUCGGAACUUGGCUCUGAACAGGCCGCCUGACACAUAUGCAAAACUCUCUCUCCUUAACUCAGCUGGGCAGGAGAUGUCCCGGUGCAAAACGUCCAUUCGACGUGGUCAGCCUAACCCGGUCUACAAGGAGACUUUCAUCUUUCAGGUUGCUCUUUUCCAGCUUUCUGAAGUCACACUGAUGAUCUCGAUUUACACCCGGCGCAGUAUGAAGCGCAAGGAAAUGGUCGGUUGGAUUUCCAUGGGUCAGAACAGCAGUGGGGAGGAAGAACAAAAUCACUGGCUGGAAAUGAAGGAAUGUCAGAGCCACCAGGUGUGCAGAUGGCACACACUGCUGGAAUCUUAAACACGCUCUGGCUCAAUAAAGGAUGUCUUUUGGAGACCUUUUAUCUAUGCAGCAGACAUCUGUUGUAUUGCAUUGUUCAGACUCUAUGCUAAUGCUAAAACCUUACAGUAGUCCAAGACUUCAUUAUGUAUAGUAGAUUGCUUAUCUAGAAUGAGAAAUUCUUACAGGGAUUUAAAAGGUAAUUCCAAGAGAUAAGUGCCUGCGGAGGAGCUGUGUCACUGUGAUAUAAUGACAAUGACAAAUCAGUCCCUAGGCUGAACAUGUAGUACAAAGGAACUGCUGUUGCUAGAGAUGUAAGUGCAUGUUAUGUUAACUCUUUAAUUGGUCAUUAGUUAGUGCCAAGCCAUGCAUGCAAAAGUAAUCUAGUUCUUCAAAUGUUUCCUUCCUCUGAGAGUUGAGCAGUCUCUAAUUUGUUGACAACUGCAAAUGCUAAAUAUCAUUGAUUUUUGUUUAAACAUGUCUCUUUAACGAUAAUAAAACAAGCUGUACAGAAUGAAGCAUUGGUAAAAUUAAAUCUCCCUCUAGAAAUGUCAGAGUCUAGAAUAUCCUAAGGAGGCAUGAUCGAAACUGGCUGUGAAGUGACUUUGAGUGAUUACAGUGUUUGAGAAGAUGAGUAUACAUCAUUACCCGUCAGCUGAAGCUGCCUUCUGCAAAUUGUAUAUUAUUUCUGUUGUUUCUGCCACUAAAUAUUAGAUUAUUACAUUUUAUGUCUUUUGAUGAUUCAACUCCCAGAAGUGGAUAAACACUAUUGUGCUUGGCAUCAGAUUCCAUUUGAAUGUAAAAGACAGCUCUUUCUGAGGAUGAAUAACAAGGCAACAUAAAUCCAAAAGAUGAUUCUAUUUAAAUACAUCCAACCAGCAACUUAGAAAAUUACUCUUGUACUCCGUGCUUUUCUUCAAGCUCGUUGGAGAGGAUAAACUGCUUUGCAUAAGAAUCCUACCAUAGGAAAACAAAUAAAUUUAGAAAAAUUAGGUGAUUUGAAUCUCUGAUUUAACACACAUUUUUGAGGUAAAAGCUGCAAAUGAAGUAUCUUGAGGAUAGCUAUACCUUGCUCUAAUAAAUUUUAAAAACAAUUACAAUUAACAGUGGACAAAUAACUUCAUAGAAGUGCCAUUGAUGAAAGUCUAUAGGGUGGAAACAGAUCAUUUGGUGCAGCAGUUUUUUAUCUUGUGCAUUUCUUAAUUCUGUAGUUCAGUCAUAUUUCUGGAAUUUAACAAUAUCCAUUUUCAAGUAAUUAUUUAAUAAAACCUUUCUAAAAUAAUUAAGUUUGCUUCAAAAUAACCUUAUCUGGAGGAAAAUCCACAGCAGUUACAGCAAUCAAUAGUUAAUGUGGAAAGCAAUGUGGAAAUUCACCACCAUAAACCUUAAAAUUUAUUUUUCCUUUUUUGUGUCUUCCUCCAUCUCAUUUCACAAGUUUCUUAGUCCCAUAGGGACCAAGGGAACUCUGGGUUUGCAGCAAAGAAUGAAUGGUGUCAUAUUGCAUUCUUUACUUCCUUUCCACGGUUUCACUGCCCCCUUUUACAGCUCUUUUUAGCUUCUCUACUUUUUCUCUUUCCUGCUUUUCUCACUCUCUCUGCCAUCCUCAAUGAUCUCAAAUGCUACUUCAAUAUUUUUGUAAAUAGAAGUUAUGGUGGAUCUGCAUUUCUGCUUUUAGUAGGUAGUUUUUUGACAUUGACAAUCCUGGGGUCUGAGCCAGCUUGCUGAAGCUUUGGCCAGAGCUGGAGGUGAUGUGUAGUAUGUCCUCUGCUGCCUCAGUAACUUCAGCUGCUCAUGUACUCUCUUGACCAUGUAAUGAGCCUUAUUCCUCAUCUGUAGCUAAAUAGGAUCAGUACACUGGCCUUGACUCCAGCUUCAGCGGGCUUGGAGCAUUAACAUGGCUAGCAGAGACCUAUUAUGCUUGAUCACCAUGGACCAGUUGCUUAAAAUUAGAACAAGAAACAGGUUUAUUAUCUCUGAAAUAUGUGUGAACUUCGUUGUUUUGUGGCAGCAAUACAGUGCGAGACAUAACAAUUGCUUACAGUUACAAAUAGUGCAAAAGAGGAAUUGUAUUGUUCAUGAAUUCAUAGACUAUUCAGAAAUCAGGUGGCAGAGCGGAAGUUGAGUGUGGGUCUUCAGGUUCCUGUUACUCCCCCCGAUGGUAAUAAUGAGAAGAGGGCUUGUCCCAGAUGGUUAGGGUCCUUAAUAAUGGAUGCUGCCUUCUUGAUGUGGUAAGGGAUGGGGGAGCGGUGGCUGUGAUGGAGCUAUCUGAAUUUACAACCCUCUGCAACCUUUUUUAAUCCUGCACAUUGAAGCCUGCAUAUCAGGUGACGACACAACCAGUCAGAAUGCUCUCUACCAUGCAUCUGUAGAAAUUUGCUAGUCAUAUAGAACAUUAGACAUUGGAGAAGGUUAUCCAGUCAGUACCUCAUGUCUGGUCCUCCAUCCAAAAAGAUCAUGCCUGAUUUUCUACCUCGGCGUCGUUCUCCUUCCUUGUGCCCACAUCUCUUUAUUCUUCUAAUAUCCAGUGCUCUGAGUUUGGAAUUCAAUCAAUGACUGAGCCUCCACGCCACUCUCAAUUAGAGAAUUCCAAAAUUUAUUAAUGGUCUAUCCUUUAGAUUGAAACUGGGACCCCAAGUUCUAGAGCAAUAAACUUCUCUACAUAUUCUGCCAUGCGCUGUAAUAGUCAUGAUGGUUUUAAACGAGGUCACAUCUAGUGAAUCCAGCCUAGUCUGCUUAAUCUCUUGUCAUGUGCAAGACUGGAAAUCACAAGAACAAGCCUAGUAAGUGCAUUAGUUUCCAGAGGAGGCGCAAGUUGCACACAGUACUCCAAAUAUGUCUCACCAAGGACCUGUAUAACUGUAUAAGACAUAUUUAUUUUUGGUUUCAAAUCAUUUUACAGGAAAGUUAUCAUUUGGUUUCCUAGCUGCACAUAGAUUGAAUAAUUUUUAAAAAUGAUAACCAUGUGUACUUUGCUUAUCAUACUUGCAGAAGAGGUGGUGGAAGUUUGAGAAAGGUAUUAAAGUAACUGGAUCGUGAUAAAGUGUUUACAAUUGGGGAGCCAUUCAAUAUAAUUACAAUGUAAAUCUAAUUUGGUUUUAUUGGUGCAAACAAGCUCAGAAUAGAGAAAUUUAAUAAGAAAAGAAACUUUAAUAGAAAUGUGAAAACGUAAAUCUUCAUCUUAGAUGUACCAGGAAAAUAAAUAGAGUUAGACAAAAUAACUUGAUAUUUUCCAAAAUGUUCUUUUCCACUGGACUACUAUAAAAUUGUCAAGGAAAACUGGCAUUGAGGAAUUGAAGAAAACUUUGCAUUUACUCGAAUGAAAAUUUAUCAUGAAAAAUUCUGUUUCAUAUUUUCAAUGUGUCUGAUUGAAUCUGUUUUAAUGGAGAGAGAUGAAAGGAGAAGAUAACAGAUAAUAACCGGAUAGUAUUAGCACCCUGACCAGAACAUUUUUUGAAAUUCAGUAUUGUAAAUCCAUUCCUCUUUGGCAACCAUACUUCUGAUAGCAUAAGCAGCCUUUCAUUCUCAUAUUGGAUACCAACAUCAAAUAAUGAUAAAUGUAAAUUUAAAGUUAUCAAAUAUAUAUAUAUUAGCUAACUAUGGUAUUAGUAGCAUACACUGCUAUAGUGACUUACAUUUAUCAACAAUGUCACAAGGUC